AUGGACCAAUAUCCGCUGCCACAGGUUGACGAUAUCUUUGCGAAUCUCAACGGCGGAGAAGUUUUCAGCACAUUGGACUUGAAGAACGCCUAUAAUCAGAUGUCCCUCGUUUUGAACACGCACAAGGGUCUCUACUGUUUCAACAGGCUGGCGUUCGGAGUGUCGUCAGCGCCAGCAAUUUUCCAGCGGCGCAUGGAGGCCGUGCUCAGCGGGAUCCCCUGCGUGCAGGUAUAUCUGGACGACUUAAUUGUAUCGGAAAAGGUAAACGACUGCAAGAUCCUGGAGCAAGUGCUACAGCGCCUGAGGGAACACGGCCUGCGCCUACGACGUGAGAAAUGCAAGUUCAGGACAGCCGGUGUGGCUGAGAAGUUUCCACAGCCGGCCGAAAUGACUGCCGGGAGUGGUCACCAGUACCCAAGGGGCUCGGAUGGUGACUGUGUCCACGCUGGACGGUGUGGCCUUUCAGCCGAUGGCAUCAGACCCGAUCCAGACAAACCGGAUGCUAUGAAGACUCUUGAAGCACCCAAGGACAUCGCCAAACUUCGAUGA